CUUUGAGAGAGGAAAACCGCAAUAGUUCAGCUGAAUGUUAAAAUCCAUAAAAUGGAUUGAAAAGGGGGUGCCAUAUGAGAGAUGGAGAAGUGAGUAUUCAGGCCAUUUUUAAAAAAAACUGUACAGAAAUCCUCUGAGUGUGUAUUCAGAAGAGUGUGCAGGAAUCAUACUAAGCAACAAGAAAACUCUUAGAUUUCUGAGAGCUGCACAUCCAGAGUGGAUACUAGCCUUUCAUUUUCAAGAGAUUCAUGUUUUGUUUAGUUUGUUUCUAUUACUUUUUUUUUUUAACAGAUGAAUACAAAUUCUUCCAACAUGAUGGCCUUGGCUCCUAACACUUCUAACAAAAGAGAGACAGUGUGCAUAUUUGGAACUGGUGAUUUUGGACGAGCUCUGGGGCAUAAAAUGAUUCAGUGUGGCUACCCUGUGGUGUAUGGAAGUCGGGGCGCCCAGAUAUCAAACCUGAUUCCCAAGGAUGCAGAGGUGUUGAGCCACACAGAGGCAGCACAGAAAGCUGCCAUCAUCAUUAUAGCAAUCCAGAGGCAACAUUACAACUUCCUUACACCACUAGCAGAAAUUCUCCGUGGAAAAGUCGUGGUGGACAUAAGCAACAACUUAAAAUUAAACCAGUAUCCUGAAUCCAAUGCAGAGUACCUUGCUCAGCUGCUGCCAGGAGCCAGGGUUGUGAAAGCCUUUAACACCGUGUCAGCCUGGGCCUUGCAGUCGGGCGCGUUGGAUGCAAGCCGGCAGGUGUUUGUUUGUGGAGAUGACAUGGAAGCUAAACAAAUGGUGAUGAAUAUUGUUCGUGCACUGGGUCUCACUCCACUAGAUCAGGGAUCCCUCUUGGCUGCUCAGGAAAUAGAAAAUUACCCUCUGCAGCUCUUUCCAAUGUGGAAGUUUCCCGUCUUUUUGUCCCUUGGCCUAACUGCAUUCUUCUUCUUCUACUGUUUGGCUCUUGAUGUAAUUUACACUUAUGUAUACGAAAAAAAUAACUUUUCAUUUUUCAUUGCAAUUACCAUUCCAAAUCGGAUCUGCCCUGUAAUGGCACUCACUCUUCUUGGCUUGGUUUAUCUUCCUGGUGUACUUGCUGCAAUUAUUCAGUUAUAUAGAGGUACCAAAUACCGCCGUUUUCCAGACUGGCUGGACAAAUGGAUGCUGUGUAGGAAACAACUUGGGCUAAUAGCCUUGGCAUUUGCUUCUUUGCAUGCUGUGUUCACUCUUGUUAGUCCAAUUCGCUCCUUCGUAAAAUGGAGAACCAGCAAAGCAAUCGUCUCCCAGGCACUGAACAAUAAAACAGAACCACUCGACACCACUAAUGCCUGGCUUAGUGACUCUUACUUGGCUUUGGGAAUUUUAGGGUUUUUUUUCUUUGUUCUUGUGGGAAUAACCUCCUUGCCUUCAGUCAGCAACAGUGUCAACUGGCGAGAAUUUCGAUUUGUACAGUCCAAACUGGGAUAUGUGACACUGAUUUUGUGUACUGCGCACACGCUGGUUUACGGUGGAAAAUGGUUCCUGAGCCCAUCAGCAUACAGAUGGUAUCUUCCAAACAUCUAUAUGCUCUCCCUCGUUGUGCCAUGUACUGUACUGGUUGUCAAAUUUGUGCUGAUAUUUCCUUGUGUGGACAAACCUCUCACACAAAUUCGACAGGGAUGGGAGAGGAAUCCCAAAUACUCGGAACAAUCAAAUUACAUUAAAAACAAGUCUGCUGUAUAAUUAGACUAAACUGUAUCAUCAAAAU